CUGGAACGGGUCGACGGUUUUACCUAAAGUAUCAGCGAAGAGCCUAUCAUCAACCGACUUUGAAUUGGUGACUUCAUCUUUCCAGCGUGUAUCACCCUUCGCCAUCUCAACAUCAAAAUGAUGUUCGUGGCUUAUCUAGUAGUGUGCUUCUUAGCAACAGCGGCGAACGCUCAGAGUAGUGUUCGUCUUGUCGAAGGUAUCACGCUAGGAGAAGGUAGGGUUGAGGUACUUUACAAUGAAGAAUGGGGAACUGUCUGUGAUGACGGGUGGGACUUGACUGAUGCCAACGUAGUCUGUGAGUCCCUUGGACUUGGUGCUGCAACAGAUGCUUUCCAGUCUGCUUUCUUUGGUCAAGGCACAGGAACCAUCGUUUUGGAUGACGUCUCCUGCUCCGGUGACGAAACGAGUAUCUUUGACUGUGGGAAUGCGGGUCUUGGAAUCCACAACUGUGGUCAUUCAGAAGACGCAAGUGUAGUAUGUGAAAACGGAGUACGACUGGUUGCUGGAAGCGAUGCAAGCGAAGGCAGAGUUGAGGUUUAUCACAAUGGAGCCUGGGGAACUGUCUGUGAUGAUUCGUGGGAUGACACCGAUGCUGGAGUUGUCUGCCGAAAUCUUGGAUUCGAUUCUGGAACUGGGGUAGGAAGCGCUGAAUUCGGACAAGGUUCAGGGGAUAUCCUCCUGGAUGACGUAUCAUGUACCGGAACCGAAACAAGUCUUGGUGAUUGUGAUAAUGCUGGUCUCGGUGUCCAUAACUGUGUGCACUUUGAAGAUGCCGGAGUCCGCUGUUCUCAGACAAAUUUGGAUGAUGUUCAUCUUGUCGAUGGUAUCACUCUAGGAGAAGGUAGGGUUGAGGUACUCUUCGAUGGAGAAUGGGGAACUGUCUGUGAUGACGGGUGGGACUUGACUGAUGCCAACGUAGUUUGCGAGUCCCUUGGACUUGGUGCUGCAACAGAUGCUUUCCAGACUGCUUUCUUUGGUCAAGGCACAGGAACCAUCGUUUUGGAUGACGUCUCCUGCUCCGGUGACGAAACGAGUAUCUUUGACUGUGGGAAUGCGGGUCUUGGAAUCCACAACUGUGGUCAUUCAGAAGACGCAAGUGUACGAUGUGAAAACGGAGUACGACUGGUUGAUGGAAGCGAUGCAAGCGAAGGCAGAGUUGAGGUUUAUUACAAUGGAGCCUGGGGAACUGUCUGUGAUGACUCAUGGGAUGACACCGAUGCUGGAGUCGUCUGCCGAAGUCUUGGAUUCGAUUCUGGAACUGGGGAAGGAGGCGCAGCAUUUGGACAAGGUUCAGGGGAUAUUCUCCUGGAUGACGUAUCAUGUACUGGAACCGAAACCAAUCUUGGUGAUUGUUCUAAUGCAGGUCUCGGCGUCCAUAACUGUGCGCACUAUGAAGAUGCCGGAGUCCGCUGUUCUCAGACAAAUUUGGAUGUUUUAGUAGUACGACUGGUUGAUGGAAGCGAUGAAAGCGAAGGAAGAGUUGAGGUUUAUUACAAUGGAGCCUGGGGAACUGUCUGUGAUGACUUGUGGGAUGACGCCGAUGCUGGAGUUGUCUGCCGAAGUCUUCGAUUCGAUUCUGGAACUGGGGUAGGAAGGGCUGAAUUCGGAGAAGGUUCAGGGGAUAUCCUUCUGGAUGACGUAUCGUGUACUGGAACCGAAACGAAUCUUGGUGAUUGUUCUAAUGCUGGUUUCGGCGUCCAUAACUGUGGGCACUUUGAAGAUGCCGGAGUCCGCUGUUCUGGGACAAAUUUUGACGUUUUAGUAGUACGACUGGUUGAUGGAAGCGAUGCAAGCGAAGGCAGAGUUGAGGUUUAUAACAAUGGAGCCUGGGGAACUGUCUGUGAUGAUUCGUGGGAUGACACCGAUGCAGGAGUUGUCUGCCGAAGUCUCGGAUUCGAUUCUGGAACUGGGGUAGGAAGGGCAGAAUUCGGAGAAGGUUCAGGGGAUAUCCUCCUAGAUGACGUAUCAUGUACUGGAACCGAAACCAAUCUUGGUGAUUGUUCUAACGCUGGUUUCGGCGUCCAUAACUGUGGGCACUUUGAAGAUGCCGGAGUCCGCUGUUCUCAGGCAGUAUCAGCAGAAAUACGACUGGUUGAUGGAACCUGCAACAGCGAAGGCAGAGUUGAGAUUCUCUACGACGGAGUCUGGGGAACGAUUUGUGAUGACUUCUGGGAUGACAUCGAUGCUGGAGUUGUCUGCCGAAGUCUUGGAUACAGCUCGGGAACUGCGGUAGGAGAAGCUGCAUUCGGAGAAGGUUCAGGGGAUAUCAUAUUCGACGAUGUCCAGUGUUCCGCUGGAGAUACCGCUCUGGAGUAUUGUUCGAGCAAUGCUCCCUUCGAUAAUAACUGCUCGCACGCCGAAGAUGCCGGUGUCAGAUGCAUUGAGUGAAGACGAUGCUGAGAGAACGUGUACACCUCGAGCGUUCCAGUGACCCGAUUAAAAAAAGAAAUUGUCAUUCUCUUCCAUCUAUACUCUUCUUCAUUUUUAUCUAUUAUCAACGAUUUAACUCUUAUAUCUCCAUUGCAUUUGGUCAGCUGGUAUUGUAAAAUCACAUUGAGGUAUAAUGUUCACCGUAAGUUUUAAAAAUGCUAAAGUUGGCUUUGUGUAGUGCACAGCUGUCUCCUUUUUUACCGGUUGCUUGUGCUUUUUAUAAUAAUUGAAUAGUCACUAUUCAUAGAAGGUGUAUGUUACGAAAGCCGAAAAAAUAGUACCUAGAUAAUUCCAUAAACUGAAUAAAUAUCAAGAACUACAAGAUCUUUUUCACUGAUGAUGAAGGAAAAUGAAAACGAAAUACGUCAUAUCACAAUGAUAUUUUAUAGGUAUCACUCCAAGUAAACAAAAAAUUAAAAAAAACCCAAACCAUUCGAAAUAAAAUAUACAUUGCCAAAUCAAUUUUAGUGAUUAGUGGUAAUGAAAGUCACAUUUUUAAAGCUGAUUUAUUUCGGUCAAGAAUAUACAGUCAUUCUGUUUUAUAAUGGCUUCAAGACACAUAUUAUACAGAACUACGUAUUAUAUGAUGACAUUUAUACGUGUUUUCUUUAAAUGAAAAUCCUAAUCAAAUCUAAAAUGGAUUUAAAUUAAUUCUAAUAUUUUCCCUACAUUUAUUAGAUAUUCAAUCAUCUUUGGGACGGAAAUUUUGAUAUUGAUCACCAUGUAUUUCAAAUCGUAAUUUUCUUGUAUGAUUUUGAUAGAUAAUCAAGAUUGGUGGGGUAAUGUGAAAUAAAACUAUUUAAAUCGUAAAAUCUAGGGGUCAUUCGUCGAUAUGCAAAUGUUUUGUGUAGAACUGUUGGUGUUUUGGGUACAAAGAAUUUGAUAGUCGAAACUUUUUCACACCUCCCUUCAAUUUGAUUAUGAUUGGUGGUAGGGGUAUACUAACUGGAUCCAAAUUGAAAUUAUUCUCUGGUAUCUUUGGGAUUAAAAUCUUUCUGCAUUGCA